UGGUAACCUAAGGGUGACGUACCAGCGAAAUCUGGUAAACGCCCCCAUCAAUAGGAUAAAAUUGGCCGCAAACAUUUGUUUGGCUUUAUUGACCUUUCAUCAAGAUGGCUCGUCACGCACGCGAGCAAGCUCUCCAGAUGACCAUAGACAGUGAGGAAGAUGAGUUUUGCUCAGAGUCUGAAGAGCUUGACGACGAAGACCACAAUUUUGAGGAGUCCUUUGAUCCAGCGCAGGACACAUUUUCUGAAGAAUGUGAGAGUGACGGUGACCAGAUUCCUGUUUUAAAGAGAGCCAAGAAGACUCUGUCAUGGAGAGAAGAGACUGAUGUCGACGUGGCUCCGAAGUCUCUGAGAUUCCUGCCGGCUCGGGAACCUGGGCCACAGUUGAAUCUUUCUGACUCGCACUCUCCUAUGAGUCUUUUCAAACUGUUUUUCUCAGAGAGCGCCGUGUCAAAUCUGUGCCACAACACAAACGCUCAGGCUGCCAGAGCACUCGCAAAGGGUCGCAAAUACAGUUGGGCAGAUGUCAGUGUUGGCGAUCUGUACCGCUACAUUGGACUCGUUUUCUACAUGGCCAUGAUGAAGAUGAGCUCCAUCGCUGACUACUGGCGACAGGACGGUCUCUUCUCUGUGCCUUUUCCCUCCACAGUCAUGUCUAGGGAACGAUACCGCACCAUUUCAUGGAAUUUGCACAUGAGCCACCCAGACGCAGACAAGGAAAAUGACAAAAAGAAGGGAACAGCUGAACAUGACCAGCUUUUCAGAGUAAGACCCCUCAUGGACACCAUCCGUCUUGCAUGCAAAACCUUUUAUCAUCCCAGAAGAAAUUUAGCUGUGAAGAAAAGAUUGUUAGCAUGCAGAGCAAAUCCAGAAAUAAGACGGUUCAUGAAAGCCAAGCUAACAAAUCUGGGCUUCAAGUGUUUUGUCCUUACUGACUCGUCGAAUGGAUAUACUGUGGACCUCUCUGUGUACACGGACGAGAACAUCUUCCCCACGGGCCGUGGGCUUUCUUAUGAUGCCGUGAUGUCUCUCCUGGACAAGAAAGUUUUGGGCUCUGGGUACCAUGUGUACAUGGACGAUUUCUACACAAGUCCAAAGCUCUUAACAGACUUGUUUGCUAUGAAGUUUGGUGCUUGUGGGACUUACAGAGACUAUAGGAAGGACUUUCCACAAAGCUCAUCUAAUUCACUGACCAAAAAGUCCAGCAGGGGAUCCAUCCGGUGGAUUCGGGAUGGGCCUCUAGUGUAUGUGAAGUGGAUGGACAAACAAGUAGUAUCUGUUUGUUCCACCAUCCAUGCUGCCUACACAGGAGAUUGUGUGCAACGAAAAGUGAAAGCACAAGAUAUGCGGAGGACAAAGUCUUUUCCAUGUCCUGCGCCAGUGACCGCAUACAACCUGCACAUGACAGUUGUUGACCCGUCCGACCAGCUGUUGCAGUAUUACACCGUACAGCCCAAAACCAUGAAGUGGUACAGAAAAGUAUUUCUACACUUCUUGGACGUUGCUGCCACCAACGCUUUCAUAUUGCACAAGGAGCUACACGGCAACAUGACACACCAGGCGUUUAUUGAAGUGCUUAUUAAAGAGCUCUGUGGUGUGUCUGGAAGCAGAUCCAGAACACACCAGUAGUGACCAAGUGCCAUUUCCAGGAGAUGAGCUGAUGUCGAUGUCAGAAAUAUUGCACUGCAGUGCAUGGAAAGAAGCAACAAACACCAUGGAAAUGCCAGGGAUGCGACAUUCACUUGUCUCCAUUUGAACACGAACUGUUUCCAGGAAUGGCACAAAGGUGUGUGAGUGUGUUCAAACCU